CUAGAUAGAAUAAUGAAAAUAAAAUUGUCUGUUAAAAAAAAAUGUAUUCAUGCAAUUACCCCGAGAGUUCUGUAGUCCUUUCAUCAAAUCAUUAGGACUUCCCUCCAUUUCCUGUGGUUCCGCCUUAAAGUGGUGAAAGGGGUAAAGAAUCGCUAGCAAAUACAGAGCAGCUGGUGAGGAUAAACAGAGCACUUUGGACAGCAUCAGCUCAAGCAAAAUGAAUGAGUCUCAUUACAAUGACGACAUGAACUCAAGUGGAUAUGAUUGUCUGUGGUGUUCUUAUGAAAACGAGACAAACUCAGUGUCUCCAGAGGUGACGAAUUCUAUAAGGGUGAUUUCUCUGGUCGUCUACAGCCUGACAUUUCUCCUCGGAGUUCCUGGAAACAUCUUUGUUGUGUACUUUGCUGGAAUGAAGAUGAAGAGGACCGUUAAUACAAUAUGGUUUCUCAAUCUAGCAACAGCCGACCUCCUGUGCUGCCUUUCCAUACCGUUCAGUAUGGCGGAGAUCCUUCUUGACCGCCACUGGCCGUAUGGAUCCGUCAUGUGCAAGAUUCUCCCCUCUGUUAUAGUUAUUAACAUGUUUGCCAGUGUUUUCACCUUGAACCUGAUUAGUCUAGAUAGGUUCACCCAGGUGAUCACACCGGUUUGGGCUCAAAAUCAUCGCAACUUGUUCCUUGCACGGCUGUCCUGUGUAGUGGCCUGGGUUCUGGCUUUGGUGCUCAGCUUGCCCUUUAUGAUAUUAAGACAUACUUUCACUGAUGAGUAUUUGAACACCACACAUUGCACGUUUCAUGGGGAAGAUGAUGACUACACAAAAUCCGGAACGUUGAGUAUCAUCAGAUUUGUGUUUGGCUUUUUGAUACCUCUCAUAUGCAUCACAUCAUGCUAUGGAAUCAUCGCACACAAGUUAGGCAGGAGUAAUUUUCGCUCUGGCCGAGCGUUUCGCAUCAUGUUGGCUGUUAUUGUGGCAUUUUUUCUGUGCUGGCUGCCGUAUCACAUGGUGGACUUAAUUGUAUGGUACGGAGAGGAAUCAAGUGUCUCAACGACUUUGGAUCCAUUGGCCAUCUCUUUGGCGUAUAUCAACAGCUGCCUGAACCCCAUUCUGUAUGUUUUCAUGGGGCAGGAUUUUAAGAGCAAAGUUAAACUUUCUCUAAGACGUGUUUUUGAAAGGGCUUUCUCUGAGGAGGGAACGCAAAUGUCACGAUCCACCCAGUCACAGCAAAUGCACUCGAUGUAGUGAAGAUAUGAACUCAGUUUUAUCUUUAAGUCAUAUUUCUAUGCACUUUCAAACAAGACUCUUUUCACUUGCUUUGAUAUUUUGCAUCUAAUGCAAUUACAUACAUUUUUGUGAGUGACUUAACAUGUCCAAAUAGUGUUUUUUUUUUUUUUUUUUUGUAUUAUUCUCAGAAUCAUUUUCUUGACCAUUUUUUUUUCUUUACUCUUGUAAAGUAUCUUGACAAAAAUAUUUUGCCUUUGUUAUUUGUCUUAAAAAAUUAAACUUAAGAUAUGCAAAAAAGCACAAGUAGCUUAUUCUAGCUAUUUUCAGAAGGAAGUGUCCACAGUUAUUUUUUUCUUUUGUCAGGAAGUUAUGAAACUGUUAUUUAGUGCAUCUAAAACAUCUGCAAUGAAACAGAUAUGAUAGAGAAGGAAUAUCGUUUUGUUACAGUGAGUUAGCAAUGCUCAGUUUUUGUUGCAUUGUUUUGUCUUUAUAUGAAUUAACAGGGUUUUUGUUGAACAGGUUCAUGAAGGCAUGCUUGUAUGCCGUGGUUUAAAAGUAGCUUGCAAUUGCAAUACUGAUGCUAUUAUUAGACAGAUGCAGUGUUUUAAGGAAGUUAAUGGCAUGUCUACUGAUCAGAUGUUAACUGAUAAAGCUGCACACUUGAUGCACCAUUGAUGUAACAUCAAUCAAGAUUACUUUUUAUCACAUUGUCUUCAAUCAUUUUAGUUUGGCUAAUGUUAAGCCAUAUAUCACAUAAUUGCAUUAUAAUCUAUAAAAUAUAUUAAGUAUACAGUGUGUUUUAAGAUAAAAUUACUGUUUUAUGAUCAUUAAACAUUCAAAUUGAUUUUUAAUUUGGACAAAAAGAUUAUACAGUGUUAUAUUUGGGCUGUAUGGAAUACUUUUCAUUGGUCAAUGGUGUCAUUCUUUAGCCAAAUAUUUAAUGAGACUAAACUGUAGGCUCAGUCAAAUGUUUUCCUAGCCUUUCUAGUUUCAUGUCUCUUGUAGGCUAUCACUCUACACUCUCUUUCUUCCCACAUAGCCUAAUAAAACCCAAAUAAAUA